AUAAUUUAAACGACAGCAUGUUUAUAUUAUUGUUUGAUUGUUAUGGUUCUCAUGCAUCGUUGAACUGAAAAAAGGUUGUCAAUGAUAGAAGAUAAGUGCAAAAUGUAAUGUUAUACAAAAAUAUUUUCUGUAUUGAAACGUUUUAAUGAGGAAAAAUCAUAAUUAUCAAACAUGUUAUCGUUUGAGUUAUCGUGCGGGAUUUAUAUGAUAUAUUUGUUUGUUUAGUUUACACUAUUUACACUAUUUAUCAUAUAUGUAUUUAGUAAUGUUAAUUUGAAAGCAUAUGCAACUAUUAAAAUACGAACUUCCAAAGUGAUGGAGAAUUUGCAGGACAAGCUCUUAGAACACGUGGUUCCAGACCAGGUGGGCCAAGUUGGCAAGAUACAGUACAGAUUCACGGAAAUGAGAAUUGUCCAUGUUCACUGGCCAAAGGUAACUAACAGUGGGGCAUUGUUUAUAGCCAACAAUGGAGCUCUAAGACUGCAUGGGAAAUACCAUAUACAGAGACCAGGCGUGCUUGGGUACAACAAGACAGGGGAAUUCAUAUUUGAUCUUGGUGCCAUAUGUUUGACAAUAAAAGACAACAGUAUAGAACCGACGCCAUCACCACCUCGACAUAGACAUCAUCAUCACCAUACACAUCAUCAUAGACACCGCCCACUGCCGCAUGACGUCACCUGCACAGUAGGCCUUAUAAAGGUUAAAUUUCAGGGAGGCGCUGCAAGGGUGUGCCAGUUUCUCACUUCGUUGUACAUUAAAGUAUACAGACGCCAUUUAGAAGCUCAGAUUGCGAAAGUGAUUCAAGAAACGGUGCAAGAUGAUGGUCAAAUACUGUUAUCAGCGCUAACAGUUAUGGCAUCAAUGCACAGUGAAAAUGAAGAAGAACCAGAGCACACAGAAAGACACAGAACUCAUACAGAAACCAACUCUAGACACACAAUCGUUCAAAGAACAGCAUCUGUUUCCUCAGAACCAGAAGUUGGAAAAAUGCAGCGCUUUUUGGAUAGUUUCACAAGACAUCGCCCAGAUACUUGAAAGCCAGUUAUUUUGUGUGAUACUUGUUCCCAAAUAAUAACUAGUACACGUUCUGUGAUUUAUUUUCCACUCUGCUUGUCAAAAAGGGUUGUAGAAAGCAUUAUCUAUGUGCUUACAACAACAAACUGAAACAAAUCAGGGAUUGUUUGCGAUACGACUUUGCAUCCAAAAACUUGGUGUCAUUAAAGGUUUGUUCAAGUAGACGCUUGUUUAAAAAUAAAGUCUUGUUAUUGACAAAUAAUUAUUUUUUUUUCUUCAAAUAUCUUUAUCUUUUAAUGCUUCUACGGAUUACCAACAUAUUUCUGGUAACUUUCUGCAUCUCAUGCAUGAAAUGAAAAAGAAAUUUCUUUGAUUAGUUGAGAACAGUUUACUGGUUAUAUCAUAAUAAGCAUAAUUAUUGGCAUCAGAUUCGAGCCGGAAUAUUAUAUCCGGAUAUUAUGUAAUAUCCGGAUAACCCUGUACUGCUGAUUAUGAUUAUUGAAAAGAGCCCUGUACUUAAAACCGGUAGAGCACAAACUUUGAACCGGCGAUUUAUAUAUUAAAUAGUCAAGAAGGAAUAAUAUAUCAUGGUGAUCAAACACGCAUAAUUACAAUAAUUUGAUUUAGAUACUCUUCGUGUGUGUGCAUUUUUGAAACUGUUUCAGUAUCGUACUUCCAACUCCAUGCUCAUUUUGCUUGAUAAUUUCAGAGAUUAUAUGAUGUUUGCCAUAUUUUGUUGUAAUAAACUAUGUGCGUAAUAAAAAUCUAU